AUGGGGUCUUGUAAUAGCUGCCCUUCUUCUUAAUAUGUACAAUCAAACAUUGAAUCAGAAGAGGAUAGUAAAAUUGUUAAGAGAGUAAAAUCUAAACCAAAUAAAGGUACAGGAACUUAUGAAAAGAGUAGAACUGAUUUGGAAGAUAAUUUAAUUGCUGAUGAAAAUAGUCUUGAAAACAGUUAGCAAUUGCCUACAUUUAUUUAAUAAAGGCAUGUAAAAGAAAUUGUUGUAUAAACAAGAGUAAAUAGAUUUAUGAAGGAUAUUGAAGAGGAAGUAAGAUAUCGAAUAAAAUAGAUGUAGUUUAUACAUGAUUACCUAGAUAAUUAGAAGAAAAAGAAUAGUAGGAAAAGCUUAAUUAAUCACAAUAACAUCUUAUGACAUUUUAGGAUUGUAAACAAGAUUCUGUAGAUUUCAACAGCGCACAUUUUAAUUAAUCUAUCUCAUUCUAAAAUUCUUAAGAUUUUUAAAAUUUGCAUAAUAUACCUUCGAAAACUUAUUUACCUAGAUAAUAUUCACAAUUUGCACCUAAAAAAGAUUCUGAUACUGUUACUUAUAAUUCUUAAAUUAGUUAAACAGUUAAUUCUUUCAAAUAAAAAACCCCAACCAGAGAAAAAAAUAGAACAAUUCAAACUCUAAAAGAAGAAGAUAAAAGUAAUUUUGGAAGUUUUGGAAGCUAGCAAAAUAAUCCUCGCAAUUCAGAUUCUUAAGAAGUUUAGUUUAGCGAUCAUUUUCAUGAAUAAAUUUCGAGUAGUGCAAGUAAAGAACAUAGUGUGAGAAGCAUUUUAAAAACUAGCUAACAUAUUUAAGUUAUAAAAAGAAUUCAUUCUAUUAAAUCUACUUACACAAAUAUUAAAAAAAAAAAAGUCUCAUUCUCAGCUGAUACAAAUUACUAUGCUUCCAGAACUACAAAAAGAAAUUAAACUAAUCUUAUUUACAAACCAUGA